GAUAUGUUCGCUGUUCAGCGGUUCACCAGGGCAGCCAGGCAGUUUACCAGGGAUUUCAACCCGCAUGGUCGGAGGGAACACGUCCCCAGAUCAUUUGUAGGCCCCUUCAUGAGGCCUAUCAUAGCCAUGGGGGCUGCAACUGUGGGUUGUUGGUGCAUGUGGUAUUACACUAAAAGUGCUCGAGCUAAAGAGGCGCUUGAAAGACCGGAUGCCAGAUUCGUGCUGUAUCAGUACUCCAAUUGUCCCUUCUGCAGCAAAGUUAGAGCCUACCUUCACUCGUGUGGUGAAGAAUUUCAGAUUGUUGAGGUGAACCCAGUGACGAAGAAAGAAACAAAAGCCAUCUCGGACUACAAGAAAGUGCCGCUGUUAGUAGCGGACGGUAUCCAGCUGAAGGAAUCAACUCUGAUCACGAGUAUUCUUCACACUCACUUCACUCAGGGUACCCCGAUCAGCGAGGUUAUUGAGUGGUACCCUGCUGUCAGUCAGGGUAUUGAGGAUACUAAUAAAGUUCAUAUUAAGAGUACUGAAAAGGAGGAACUGGUAACGGUAACUGAUAAGAUUUAUGGUGUAUACUGUAACCUUUACACUGCGUGGCAUUCUUACAAAAAAGGUAAAGAAGAGAUAACGUAUCCUAACAAGUACAGAGUGAUGGGGUACGAUGAGGAUGCGCAUGAUUUGAUGUUAAACGAAGCUAAAUGGAGGAGGUGGAUAGACACCCAUUUUGUUCACUUGAUCUCCCCAAACGUGUACAGAACUUGGAAGGAGGCCCUCACUGCAUUCGACUACUUCACUACCAACGGCAACUUCUCUGACUUUGAAAAAUCGUACAUUCGUUACGUGGGUGCUGGAGCUAUGUACAUGAUCGGCAAACGUCUGAGGAAACGCCACAAUCUUGACAGGGAUGUUAGAAUCGAGCUGUACAGCGGUCUCAACAACUGGCUCAGAUCCAUGAAAGGGAAGAAGUUCCAGGGAGGGGACCAGCCUAACCUAGCAGAUAUAGAGAUGUACGGAAUGUGCAGCGCUUUCUACGGUAUGCCAUGCUGGGAAGAUGCUAUUCAGAAUACAAAGAUAGAGAAGUGGUACAACAGAAUGGAGCGGCAUCUGCAGAAGAAAUCAGCCAUCGGUUUGACAUCAGCUAAUCCCACACUGCAAGCUGUACCAACACAAAACGACACAAUGUCCGCCUGAUUUCCUGAAAAUUUUGUUUUAAGGAUCAAGAGAUGAAUUUGUUAAUUUAUUGGGGGUAUUGAGAGUUAGUCAGCUGUUGAAAAUGAAGAUAUAAGGUUACAUUGAUUGUGUAUUUUGGGUUGUUCAUAUAUUGGCAGAAAAUUUGAAAUCAUGAAGACUCUGAAGAAAUUGUCAAAUAUAGUGACUAGAUACAUGUUUCAACUGUUAGCGUUUGAUAGGAAAUUUGGUACAAUAACCAACAAAUAUUAUAUAACACAUCAUUGUGCGUGUAAAUGAUAUGAAGAUUUGAUAGAACAGUGACCCACACGGUACCACGCUCUCAUGAGUGCUGGCAACACUAAUUACACAUUCUCACCUGACCUGGUCACCUAAUUGAAAGGGGCUUUAUUGACUGGACCUGGUCAUAUUAUAUAACAAAUAAAGGGCUCCGAUAGACUUCUUUAAACAGAAAUUGCUAGCAUCUUCCUUCCUUUUCCAUUACUUGAAUAUGUUGCAUUCAACCAACCGGAAAGAUAUUUUUUGGGUUUUAAUACAAUUAAUGUACAAAGUGGAUUUACGUUAGAAAUAUUUGAAUUUUGCGAAUAUUGUACACAUAUUGUGAAGCCAUGUGAAAAUAAUAUUGAAGGCUAUUAGAUCGGUUUUUAGCACCAGGGGUGAGAAUGAAUAUUAUUUUUUACGACAAUUAAUAGCUCGAAUUAAAUGAGUUUCAUAUCAGAGUUUUUGUACAAAAAUGUGCACGAUAUUUAAUAUUUUACGUUUUUUUUCAUUUUAUGACAAUGUUUUCUCAUUAAAAGAGCCUUCAAGUAUUUAAUCUUGUAGUGAUAAAAUCUGCCACAAAAUCGAGCAACCGCUUGAGCGAUAAAAUACUUCUUGGUUAAUUAAUAGACUUUCGGCAAGCAUUGCUAAUCAGUAAUAUAUUCAAAUAUGGUCAUAACUAAUUUCAUUAAUCAGAAAGCACUAAUUGAUUAAGAAACCCAUGAUAACAUGGAAUAAUCUGUGCACAAAGGAGGCACCAGUAAAUAAAAUUAAAUAUUGAUUAAUUAAUCAAUCAAUUAAUUAAUUAUCCAGGAUGUAAUGACUAAUUAGUAAUUACCCAGGAGAUAAUGACUAAUGAGUAAAGGGUAUAAAAACUUUUCAAACUUACCUGCAGCUGACCACCCCCACGAAGACGUAGUGUGUGAAGAAAAGAAUUUGGGACACAGAGCUAAGUUUUUCGCAACUGCUCGAGAUAACGAAACAGAUUUCUGUUAUCCGUUUGGGUUAGCUGUCGACAGGAAUGAUAACAUCUUUAUAGCAGACGCGGGAAAUGGACGAGUUCAGGUGUACCACCAAUCUGGAUACUAUCUCAGAAC